GUCGUUUGCUACACAUGCGAAGCUAGUUUGGAGCCGCCGUACUGACCUUUCUGGUGAAUACGUGGUUUUAAGAAAACGCGACACUAUUUUAUACAACUCGGACAUAGCUGACUCGAUAAAUGUGCUGGAAAUGUUAGUGUUUAGCCUCACUCCUAAAUGCACAUGCCGCGGCGUGUCAAUGAAUAUCACUCGGCAUUUAUGUAGCCUGUUAGCAAACGAUGGCUACCCUGUAACAAAUAUGAACUUCCAAAGAAGAAGAAACCGCUGCCACAAGAGCCACAUCACAAGUGUAACGCGACUGUCGAGCUCUCAGCCACAUAACCCAAAGGUACCACAGUUCGCAACAUGGGAACCAGUACCAGAGGACCAACUUCCCCCGCCUACCCAAAUCCCUGCCGACCUGGUGGACAAACUGGAGCGACUGGCCUUGGUCGACUUCCGCACCAAACAGGGACUGGACUGUUUGGAGAAAGCCAUACGAUUUGCAGAUCAGCUUCAUGUUGUUGACACAACGGGGGUUGAACCAAUGGAUUCGGUUCUGGAGGACAGGGCAUUAUACCUGCGGAACGAUGCAGUGACAGAAGAGGACUGUGCUGAAGAACUGCUUCCGCUUGCCAAAAACACAGUUGAAGAAUAUUUUGUGGCACCACCAGGAAAUAUUCCUCUACCAGCGAGGGAGAAGAGGGCAGCCAUGCUGAAGCACUCAGAGUUCUGAUGUUCUGGAACUUAUCUUUGAUAUUUAUUACUCAUUUUUCAUUUGGGAAGUUGUUGCGUAUAUUAAAAACCUGCUGGUGAUGCAUUUAUAUUUAUAUUUUUCCUGUUUCAGUUGACAGCAAUGGUUUGGUCUCAUUUUAGUUUCAGUGUCAUUUUAUCAAAAUUGUGAGUAAGCAGUGAACCUGUGCUGUGAGGACAUCCAGUACAAUGACGCAGUGUAAGCCCAUUGUUGCACAUGGCAAGAAAUUUCACAAAUUAACUCUUGAUAUGACACACCUGUUAACUGAAAACCAAUACAGGUGACUGCCUCAUGAAGCUGACUGAGAGAACGGCUAGAGUGUGCAAAGCUGUCAUCAAAGCAAAAGGUGGCUAAAAUAUUAAACAUAUUCUGGUUUGUUUAACCCUUUUUUUGUUUCCUACAUAAUUCCGUAUGUGUUCCUUCAGAGUUUUGAUGUCUUCAGUAUGAAUCUACAGUGUAGAAAGUAAUACAAAUAAAGAAAAACCAUUGAGAAGGUGUGUCCAAACUUUUGAGUGAUACUGUACAUCCUAAUUUUUAAGUGUCCUCUUUUCACUGUGGAGGUGUUUAACUUUAAUUUAAAUAAAAACUUGUUUUCUCUA